AUGUCAUCAAAAAAACGUAAUUUAUUGUCAACUCCUGUUCACUAUUCUGGUGAUGAUCAUAAUCGAAAAUCAAAAUCUCAUAGUCGAUCAACAACAGAUUUACAACACGAUAUGAGAGAGAAUUCUACUGAAUCUGUACAUCUUCCACAUGUAUCGACAAGUAAUGAUCCAUCAUCGUUGUUAAAACCAAUCUCUGACACAAAUUCGUCUUCUUCCAAUUUUGAAGGAAAAAAACACCGAAAUAAAUUAUUUUCAUCUAAACAUCAUCAUCAUCAUCAUCAUCCUCAACAGCAUCUUCCUCCAUCGAAUGUAAAUCAAGAAACUGGUCCACUACGAUCUCUAGGGAAUAUAAAUCAAGAAAAUGGUCCAGUACAACCUCUAAUGCCCAUAUGUAUUAGUCGUGGACGAUCAAAAAAACAUACAAAACGACCACAAUCGUUAGGUCUUGAACUUGUAGAUGUAUUUCAGCAAGACAAGAAAUUACCACUAUCACCACCACCACCAAAUGAAAAGUGUAAUAAUGAGUCAAUGACAAAAAUUAAUAGCGGUAAUUUUAAAUAA